AAAAUCUGGUUCAUCCCUCAGCUCCGACUGGAACUUGGAACCCAAAUGCACAGCUGAUGGAGCACCCUGAUUUCUCUUCCACCACAUUGCGCAUCCUUGCCAAUAUGCCGAGCCGGACUAUUGGGCGCAGCAGAGGAGCCAUACUGUCCCAGUAUUGCAACCGCACUGCCAGACGACGGCGUCGGAGCAGCCGUGCCCCUCUCCAGGAAGUAUCCCGUUCUGCACGGCCUAGUUUUCGACAGCUGUCUCUAGAGUUGGAUUCCAGCUACAGAGAAGAAGACCCCAAGUAUAUUUUGCUGGUCAAAGAACUCCAGAACCUGCCAGUACAUCAACGCAAUCACAUGCUGCAAAUGAUGCCUCUAAGCUUGGCUGAGAAGCGCAGACUCAGACAGGAUUCAAGUGGGCAUUCAGGCACCUUGAGGAAACCCAAGCCAACGGGUCAUUUGUCUUACUGCAGCUGGAUUAAAUACCACAUCCUAAUAGGCUUCCGGAAUUUUUGGUACAAUCUGCUGUCCUUCAUUCCUAUUCUCCAGCCCUGGCAUUAUUCCCUCAAGGAGAUCAGUGGCCGCUUUGGCUCUAGCAUCCUCUCCUAUUUCCUAUUCCUCAAGACGUUGCUCUUCUUCAAUCUCUUUAUGUUCCUGAUCCUGCUGGUCUUUGUAGUUGUCGUGCAGGCUGCUUUCCCUUCUGCCAUACCCAACAGUGUGGCUUUCACAGGAUCUGAUCUCUUAACUGGAGCAGGUUACUUCAGUCACACAGUGAUGUAUUAUGGCUACUACAGUAAUUUCACACUGAAUGCCCCUGAUGCUUCUGAGGCUAAUAGCACCCAUUACAGGCAACACACUCAUAGCCAGAUGUCCUACAAUAUGCCUCUGGCUUACCUCUUUGUUACUGGAAGCGCCUUCUUUGGGAUCUGCUUUCUCUUGAUCUACAGUGUGUCUCACUCAUUUGGGGAGAGUUACCGUGUAGGCAGUGCAUCAAGUAACCUGGCAGUCAAAGUCUUCUGUUCCUGGGAUUACAAAGUGAUUCAGAAACGCUCGGUCCAACUCCAAAGUGAAAACAUUAGCACAGAUCUGAAGGUUACCAGCAGCUGUGAAUUCUGACUGACAUCUUGCCUGUUACUACAGCCCUAGUGUGCAAAAGAAGGGGAAUAAUCCCAACUUUCCAUUAUAUCCUUUGGUUGAAUGCUU